AUGAGUUUAAAAUCCAAUCCAUAUAUUUAGACACUUAUAAACUUCAUAAACUAACCAGAAAAAAUAGUGGAGAACUCCGAGAGAUUUGAUGAGCUGAUUACUAGGUUAUGCUAAUAGGAAAUCGAUCCCUAAAUUGAAUAUGAUGGAUCAAAUUUUUGUUGCCAUUGCUUAGAAUUCCUAGUUGAAAACAAUUACAAAAAUUUACCCUGCGGACACAAUGUUCAUACUGAAUGUUUCAAGACUUAUUUGAGUGAGCAACCUUUUUAUAUUGAAUCGAUUGAUACCUAUUCAUGUUGCAAAGAAUCAGAAACAUGUUCCUAAGUUUUAAUUACAGACGAGGUUUCUAAAUAUAUUCUAGGAGGAGAAGAGUUUAAUAACUUGCGAAAUUUGUACACUUUAAUUUUAAAUAGGUAUGUAAUGGAUUAAAAUGAUAAUGAUGAUCCUUUUGAUAUCGAUGAAUUAUAAAAUGAGAAUGGAAAAUAAGCUGAAAACUAGUCUCUCAAUGAUUAUGAUGUAGCUAAGUAGAUAGAAUAAUAAGAACAGGUUGAGAAAAGGUAAAAUUAUAAGAGAGCUACUUUUGAUUGUGCAAUUUGCUUUGAAAAUUAUGAUUUGGAAUAAGAAGCAAUUACUCUAGAUUGUGAUCAUAGAUUUUGUAGACAGUGUAUUAAAGAAUAAAUUUACAAUUAAAUGGAUCUUGGAAAUUUUAAAGAGAGUGAUUUAGUUUGCCCUUUAUGCAAUCACCCAAUAAAUUUUUAUAUCAUUUAAAAUUGCACUCCGGAUGUUAGUGCAAAAAUCAAUGACUUGAGGACUUAAAACUUAAAAAUUGAUUCUAAAUAUGAAAAAGUAGUGGUUUGCCCAGGUAGAGGUUGUCCAGCAUCAUAUAUUAUAUCUAUAUAUCUAGAAUUUCCAACCUGUACGAAUUGUAAAUUAUAGUUUUGUGCAAAUGGUUGUGAUAAGGCUCAUUAAGGUAUGACUUGCGAAUAAUUUAAACAGAAAACUAGAGCAAAGUAAGAGAAAGGUUUAGUUAACUGUCCUAAAUGUAAAGUGUAAAUUUUCAAGGACGGAGGAUGCAAUCAUAUGACUUGCAGAUGUAAACAUGAAUUCUGUUAUGUGUGUUCAAAGCCUUAUAAACCAAAAAGAGAAUGUAAUUGUCCAUAGAUGACCACCAUUGAAAGAUUUUUUGAUAGAGUUAAAGGUUUUAUUGGAUCAAAAUGA